AUGAUGAAUAUUGCCACAACCGUCGCUAAACAAUCGUCUCCCGUAGCUUCUCGCAAGAAGUAUCCAGCUCCUCCACGCCCUACUAUUGAGGAACUCAAGAAGAAGUAUGAGUCCAAUGUUGGUGCUAAACCACAAACACCCAAGCUACCUCAACUGUUGUCAACUCCCAAGAUGUUGAAAAAAUCUAAGGUCAAGCAAAUGGCCUCGAUGUUCAACUCUAAGAUUUCUCAAAUUAUAAAACGUGAACCUGACACUGGCAAGUAUACUGCCCUGAUCAACGAAUUGUCACCCGAAGCCAAACCACAACCCAAGGCCACUCUAUCAAAACCUUUGCCAAUGCCCAAGAUACGCUAUAACAAGGAAAAGGCUCCCCUUCCCAGUCCCAGAACCAAGUCAAAGGCCAAGCUACAACAAAAAUCCAUGUACUUUGUUGCUGAAGACAACUUUGCCAAGUUGACGGUCAAGGAUAAGGCCCAGCUGUAUACACAAUUCAUCGAUGACAUGUCCAAAAAGAAUCCCAAGUUUGGUAAACAUGCUGAACUCAUGGAAGAGAAUGUCAAGAAGGCUGUGGCUAGAGGUGAAGUGGUCAAUGAAAAACAAGAAUCUGUUAAAUAUUUGCUAGAAGAACUGGAGGCAAGAUGUAGCUUUCCUAAGCAAACUAUAUCACCUUUGGCCUUGCAAAGAUUCAAUACUGUCCAGGAAGUUGUGAGAAAGCCUAAGCAUACUGCUCAAGGUGCGGUUAAAUCCAAGGAAUUUGAGGAUAUACCUCAAAAGAAAGUGUCCCAUAUAACCACACUUAAUGUUAUCCUACAACCAACUGUUGAAGUUAAGAAACAAAGAAGAGCUAGAUCUUUGCCCAGACGCCGCAGAGAUCAUGAACAAGUAAUUAAGGAGUUGGGCAUUAUUGAGCCAUCUCACAAAAGAAAUAAUAAUGAAAUGCGUUCUGCUUUACCUAUUGAGGCUUAUGCACCACCCAAGAAGAUAAGACGCACCAGAACCGAAAGAUUGGCUCCUCAGAUUUUCUUUCAAAAUCAACAAUUGGAAAAUCUGUUCUUUACCUGGUUAAGGGAAAGACAGGACAAAGGGCAUGAGGAAAUUGCAGCUGAAAUCAAACCCAAGUCUUCCAUAGACAAGUUGUUGGAAGAGGCCAUAGCCAAAUUGGAAACUGUUGAAUGCAAACAAAAGGAAGCCAUCAAUGUAAAAGAAAAAGAAUUUGAUACUAAGGACCAGCAAAUGGCAAAGUCCAGUGAAGUAACACGCAAAAAGAAACCAGCUCCACCAGUACCAGCUCAAGCUAAUAAAAUAAUAGCAACCUGCUCUGAAACAUCUACCACUUCUACCGCCAAACAUUCGGAAGCCGAAGAAAGUGAAUCGGGUUUAUCUUCCAUACCCAAAGUAAGUUCUACUAAAAAUUGUCCUAUUCAUAACAAAAAUGCUAAUUGUUGCUACUUUUUUCCUCAGAUUGCUAGCGAAGAAUCACAGGCUGAAACUCAUGAAAAGGAAAGUGAACUUUCCGGCAAAGAUGGAGAUUUCGCCAAACCUAUUAAACCUUUACGCAAAAAGAAAAUGCGACGUACUCUGACUUGGAAAAAGGAUACCUCCUUAGAGGAAACUCAUCCCAUAACCACUACCGAUUCGGAUUCUGAUUCUAAGAUAACUGAAACUAAAACCAAAAACAAAAUGCUUUAUCUACAAGGCCAAACUGAGGAAGUUACCACAACCGUGGAAUCUGCAACCGAGCCCGAGCCACUUGUGGAACUCGACAAAUCUCUAUUGCUUGAAGUGAACUCUCCACGCAAAAUAAAAUCUGUUUAUACUUUAACGGCCAGCUCUCCUACUCCUGCCCAACAAGAAGAGCAUAACGACAAUGAUUUGGACACUAGCGCUUUACCAAAUAUCGAACCUAAAGCUUUGACCGAUAGUUUCAUAGAUCAAGGUUUCGAAACGGGUUCCAAUGAAAUGGAGAGUCCCAUUCGCGCUCCCAAAAGAUCAGCCUUAAAAAGACAGGAUAUUAAAGUAUCUAGUCCACUUUUCAUUAAAUUGGCAGCUGAUUCCCGCAGAGUUCCCAUUGAGCCCACCACUAAUAUACAAGAAACACCUUCUGGUUUCUCUACACCCAUUAAAGGACACUUGCAGCAAUCUGAACAUUCGGCCAGCAGUCCUGCUCAUCAACAGCUAUUUAGUCCCAUAACAAUGCCUUUGAAAAUACGCCGCAAAUCUAUAUAUGACACUGAAUCCCGGCGCAAUUCUUUGGCCAUGCAAGUAAUACGUGAAGAUCAUCCCUUGGAACAUCAUGAAAUGACUUCACCACGCAAUCUAAAUGCCACCGAACAAGCCUUCUUUGCAAAUGCUCCUACUUUGGAUAUGUCCAACGAUAUGAGUUCCCCUAACCCCGACAAAACUUCACAAUUUUGGAUAAAAUGUGGUGAUUUCUCGGUAUCACUCGCCAUCUAUUACAAUGAUGCCGAACGUAUACGUUUGCUUUACGAAAUCUUUAGCCAAAGAAGUUGUGAAACUAAGGAUUUACAUUUUGGCAUUGACGAUCAAACGUUUUCCGUACACAAUCCCAACGAUCAGGAGAAUAUUUCCAAACGUUUGCCAGCCAAAAAAGAUUGCUCACACUAUUGGUUCUCCACCGGUGACUUGGCCAUACCCUUCAAUGGUAAACGUUUGUCGGCUGAAAAGAUACAGCGUCUGUUUGCCUUUAUCAAGGCUUCGGUGGAAGAGACUGGUGUCUUGCGUUUUGGUGUAGAUGCCGUGGAAUUCUCAAAUGUUCCCGAAUUUUGGAGUCAAUCACCCAAAUUCUCCAUGGAAAGCAAUUACAGCAUGUUGGUGGGUUUACAAUCCGGCAACAGUAAUGGCCUCGAAGGACGCAGCAAAUUUGCUUGGCCCAAUGUAAAGUCCGUUAAAGUUAGCGAUUUGGAUCAAUCAGACUAUGAGUGUGAGGACUUUGAAGAUAACGAUUCCUGCCGCUUGUCAUUUUCACCCUUUGGCAGCAAUCAUUUUGAUUUAGCCACUUUGGGCAACGAAGAACUUUCCUUGCCACGCAAUGGUGAAGCCAUGAGAAAUAGCGAUUUAUUUGGUUUUGGUUAUGAAAACGAAUCAUUGGAUCAAUUGUUUGGAGAUAAACACAAUGGCGAAGUGCCAGCUGAAGAAGCCACUGCCGCUGUACCAAAAAUGUUAGACACUUUAAAGACUCAACAAGAACGUUUAAGCUUGGUGCAAACCAAACUCUCCACAUACAACAAUCCCUCAAAUCUGUCCAGUGAUGCUUUGGAUGCUCUUAAAGGCACACCCGAAUAUCUCAUCACACUGAAGGCUAUAGUGGACGAAAUUAUCAGCAAAGGCAGCGGUAGUGGUUUUAAGGAUUGCACUGUCCAACAAUUGGAGAGUUAUAUGUUCUUUUUGAGCCGUUAUGCUGACAUAUGUCUGGACAGCUGCAGUGAUCAUAUGGAGAAGGUGUUGGAUGCUCUACUAGAUCAAAGAGCUGUUGUGGUUUAA